GGAGGCCAUCAUGUCAGACUUCAGCGGUAAUGUCUCUGCGCGUCUAUUCAUGUCUUUACGGUAAAACUCUUCGCCACACGGAAGAAAGGAGCAGUUAGCUUCUAGAAACACACAGGGAUGUAAAAAUUAUACUGCGUCGCCUCUUUUCUCCUUUUUUUUAUAGAAACCUUCUGCGCUGAGGGAGCCUCUGUUUACAUUUUCCUCUCGUGUUUACUUUGUGCGACUGAACAUGGCGACGUGCAUCCCCUUCCAAACACAGUUAUCCUCAAUAAUGGAGGUUCUGGUGAAGGCAGCAGUAGCAGAAAUCUCCAAACUAGUCGAUGACAAAUGUGCGUUUCUGCACCUGGAAAUCUCCCGAAAGCAAAGCGAGAACGAGAUGCUGAAGAGGAAGCUGCUGCUGAUGGAGAACAAGAACCGGCAGCUGCAGCGGGGAUUCGAGGACUACAUGGACCGGGGACCUGAUGAGGGAAACAACUGUCCACAUCCCACAGCAGGAGAUAUUAAGGUCUGUGUCGGUUUUAUUAUCUAGAAACUUUGAUUUGUAGAUGUAUUUUUUAUUUCUUUAAUUGUUUGUUGCCAAUAUCAGUUUCAUAAUAUUGUGAUAUGUCAGUUUUAUAUGCAGCAUUUGCAAUUUUCCUGCAAAAUUUUAUUUAUUGUCAUACAGCAGCGCAAGAUAGCAAAAAUAAUGACAUUUCAAACUACAACUUGUAUUAUAAUGUUAUUAUCAUUUGCAUUAUUACUUUAUUACUUCAGACUUAUUACUAGUUUUUACCUAAUAUUAUUUUAGCUUUCUUCUUAUAUCAUAUUUCUAUUUUAUUGUGCUUCUGUUACACAGUGCAUUUAUUCCCCUGUAUUAUUACUUAACUACUGCAAAGCCAUUACUAGUAUUGAUUCCUACUUUGCCCUGCGACAGACUGGCGACCUGUCCAGGGUGUCCCCUGCCUUCGCCCAAGUCAGCUGGGAUAGACUCCAGCACCCCCCGCGACCCGAGUGAGGAUAAAGCGGUGUAUAGAGAAUGGAUGGAUGGAUUCCUACUUUGAUAUUCUAGUCUUAUUUGAUCUUACUUCUUGUAUUGUACUUUUAUCUUAUUGUAUUUCUAGUAGGCAGUGGGUUCAUUCUCAUGUUAUGCUCUUUUCUUUCUUUUUUUUAGCUAUUUAUGGCUCAAGAAUUUCUUCAGGAUAUAGAUAGAUAGAUAGAUAGAGUGCAAAAAUUAGUGGUGGUAUUUGCAAGAAAUGAGUGGAUGAGUUUAACAUGUUGUGGAAGAAAGUGGAGUCCAAGUGGAAACAGUGUCAGAAGUGAUAUGCAACAGAAUCGUACCAGAAAGAGUAAAAGGUAAAAAUGAUAGAAGGACCAGUUAUAUUAAAGACAGUAGGAAGUGGAGCUGAAGGUAAAAGAGUUAAAGAUGCUGUGAUUUGCUCUGGAUGGGUGUAAGUAAGAAAAGCAAGAUUGAGUUGGUUUGCAGAGGAGAUAUGUCCAGUUUACUCUGGAAAAGAUGCAGAAGAUGGAGUUGCCAGUUGAGAACAAAAUCCAAAGAGGAGGUUUAUGGAUGUGGUGAGAGAAGACAUGUAAGUGGAGGAGGACGAGAUGGAACCGGAGCAGGUGAAAGAAGAAAAAGAAGCAGAGAGAAGAAGUAAACUGACUAGCGUUGAUACUGGCGUGGACUAGUGAUUAAUAACAGUUAAUCUAAAAAUGAAAAUUCAGAAAUUGAAAAAGCUCAAAUUUAGGACGUGUUAGUAAGUUAGUCCUAAAUUUUUGGUUCUAUUAUCCAACUCAGUAUAGUGCAAUAUAUAUAUAUAUUUUGUAUGUUUGUGUAUUUGUUUUGUAAUAUAUAUUGAUCAGUCAGAGCUGUUUUAUCUGAUUUGGAAUUUAAAAAGGUGUAUCUAGACAGUUAUAUAUACAUAUUUUUCCUUCAUAAAUUUAGAAUUUUAACUUUUAUGUUGUUUGUUACUUCAUUUUAUUCAGAAAUCAAAACCAACUCACUCCAAUUUAGGGCAUUCGCUGUGCUACGUGACUGACCCAGCUGUUAAACUGUCUUGUCAGUGGUUUUGCAAAUUCAUGGCAUCCCCCUUAUGUGACAGCCAUCCAGCAAACACAUAAACAGAAAACGUUUCAUUUGGAAUGGGGAAACAUGAGCUUUGCUUAAUUAGAAACAGUUUUGGACAGUUUAUUCCCAGUACUAUUAUCACUUUAUGAAUUUCAUUUAAAGCUUUAGUCAAAAUUGUUCCAUUUUCAGUUGCUCCAUGUUCUGUGCUACUUACAUAAGGUCAUGGUAAAAGCAGUUCAUGUUUCUACAUUACUCCUUACAUUAGACUAAAGACCUAUUAUUUUUAUGAUAUUUUGUGCAUUGCAAAUCAAAUUGCAACAUCUGUCCAAAAACUUUUAUAUUUUGCCCAAAUUUUUGAACUGUAUCGUGGAACUUGCUUUUAAUAAAUUCUGCUUCAGUGAGUAAUGUUUUUAUAUCAUACUCAUACAUCCAACAAAUCUAGCAAUAAAUAUCAGUUCAACUCUGAAUAGUGUUUGUGUCUUCCAGCUAACUGUUUUGGCUGCAUUUUUGGUUGAAAUUUCACGAUUUUCUGUGACUAUUCUGGUCGAUGUUGCUUCCAGCAACAGCAGGCAGCUUAAAAAUGCAGCUACUUGUCCAGAACUGCACAGCUGACAGACAAACUGACUGUUUAACCAAAUACAUCCCUCAGGAGUUGCUGAAGAGCAAACAGGGUCAAUACUGGACUUAUUUCACCAGGUAGUAAAGCUGCUGUGCGUCUGAUAAAUGCACAAACAGAAGACUGUUUGCCAACACCUUCUCCAAAUCUGUAUUAUAUGUUUCCUGAUAUUGAAGAUGGCACAAUUUCCUUUACAAUUAAAGAAGAGAGUCCAGAUGAGGCGCUUUGGAUCAGUGAUUCUGCCCGAGCGAUUGAUUCUGCUGUACAAUACCCGAAUGCUGCUAACGUUCCGGGAAACCAGCAGUUUGAAGACCAGCACCAGUUAACCCAUUCAGAGGUCACCAGACAGAAGCCUUCAGAGUUCAGCGACUCGUACAACUCUGGUCCGCAUGCAGUAGACAUCAGUGGCCUUCAGUUCACAGUCAAGACCGAGAAGGAGGAGGACCGAUUGCCGUUCAGACAGGAUGGAUGCCAGCACAAUGUGGGGAAGCAGACUCAGCUCGCAGCCGACUUUUCUAUGGAUGAAAGGGAAAAUCAGCUCUGGUCAUCCAUAAUUGAAGGUAAUGACAUUGAGGCUGGUUUUCCGGACUUCUCGAGUGUAGUUGAGGAGUACUCCAACACAUUCCCAGACCAUUCAGAUGCAAACGUGAUUUCUAACAAGUCGACAAGUGUCCAGCAGUCACAGAGGCUGUGCAAUGGGAUCUACAACAGUGAUGCUCCUCAGUCAUCUGGUUUUCAGCCCAGACCUCAGGCUGCAUUGUCGCAGCAAGACAAGCAAAAGGAACAAAUUUACCCGCAGAGAAACGCCUCGCAUGGCGCCCAUCUGAGGCAGCCAGAUGAAGACUCCGAGAGGGAGGCUGCCACCGGAGAUAGAGCAGCUGUAACUCACUCGCACAACACUUUUACACCGAGCAGCUUCCACCCCCACAAGUCUCACUCCGGCGUGGCCCGGGGCUACGCUUGCUCACAGUGCGGGAAGACCUUCAACCGCUUGCACCAAUUCAAACUGCACCAGCAGAGCCACAAAAGAAAGCGAGCGUUCUGGUGCACGGUAUGCGGUAAGAGCUUCCAGUGCUCAUCCCACCUGAGCAUCCACCACCGGACGCACACGGGGGAGAAGCCGUACGGUUGCGGACAGUGCGGGAAAAGGUUCACACAGCAAAGCAGCCUGAGGGUCCACCAGCGCACUCACAGUGGGGAGAGACCCUACAGCUGCUCACAGUGCGGGAAAACCUUCAUCCUGAUGCACCAUUUAAAACGGCACAGAAUAAUUCAUACGUACAGCUGGGGUGGAGAUGUGUGAUGCUCCGGAGAAAGAAUGGACUCAAAUAACACUUUGAACCAAAUCAGAAAGCCACUGAGCGGCAGCUUUUUUGUUUGUUUUUUGGGUUGUGAUUUUUAACUUUGUGGUGUUGCUGACAGACUUUGUAUAUUAACGCAUAAUUUACUAUGCAAAAUCCAUCUGGAUGGAUUUUAAGAUUUUUGCUUCUUUUUUUUCAAAAUAUUGUCUUAAAAGGAUCAAAAUGUGAAGCUGAAUUCCACCUUUAUUCACUCAAGUCAGUAUUUGUAAAAUACUUCCAAAGCUAGAAAUCCAAAAAAACAAGGUCUAAAAUGUGGAGUCAUUAAACAAACCCUUCAGCCUUUCCUCUGACACUUACCUACGUACAUACAGACCCUCACCCAAACUCUUUGUCUUUUAGCUUGUCAUGUAGAAACCAGCCUUACUUCAUCUUAGUACUGAAACUUAAGAAGCACAAGAUGCUCAUUGCCCCAUCCACUCUUUGCUUAAAGGUGGGUCUGCGUUUCUGGAUAUUUAGCUAGUUAGUUUAUUCAGUCAGGGCAGUGUAUGAACACCGGAUUUUUUUCAGCACAAAUGAAAUGGACAUCCAGUGGACUAUGAGUGUAUUGGAUUAGAAUUGUGUACUCCAUAGACAAGUGGGGUUUCCACUCAAAUCCAUGAAAGCACCUCAGGUUCAUGUUUUAAUGUCAGCAUUGGUAAGACUGCCUGACUUUUGCUCUGUUACAUUUUCCAUGAAAAUUCACCCCAAAAUUCUGUCCUCUUUUUAAUGCUUUAUAUUAAAAUGAUUGUCAAAACCA